GUGAGAUAAAUAACGCAAGUGGGAAUCAGGUAGCUGCCUGGCUGGAACAAACAGGAAAUGAAAUGAUUGUACCAAAUAAACCUACUUCACGGAGAUCCAGUGCUAUAAUCGAUUUUGGGAUAACACAUGAUGCUACAGGAUGGUAUUCAGAAGUAAUAGAUGUAGGGACAUCUGAUCAUUUCCCGAUCCCAAUACAGUCCCCCAUAUGCAUCUCAAAAUCAUCAUAUUUUAGAGCAACAAAUUGGAAAAUUUUUUAUUUCUUUCUUCAACUUGUAUAUGAAUAUUGGUUGACGCUGGUUUACAACUAUGACGAACAAUUCUUUUUUACACAUUUCUCUGAAUUUCUUAAAUGUCUAUGGGAUAGAUGCAGUGAUUUUAAAUCAGUUAAACAGUAUAGGCCACCAUGGCCACCAUACUUAGUUGCACUUGCAAGAGAGGUAAAUAAAAGAAGAAGAAUCUGUCGUCGAAAUAAAACGAGAAAGAAUCUUGAAAUAUUUUUAAAAGCUAGAGCAUUUUUUCGUGAUGAGAGAAGUAAAUUAAUUCAACAAAAACAUGAAUCUCAAAUGAAAUGGAUUUCAAAAGAACAUAAUAUAUGGAAGUUUGCUCGCCCUGCAUUUCAUGCAUUUUCUCCCCCAUUUCGUGGUCUUAUGAGUAAUUCGGAAAUAAUAAAAGAUCCAAAAGUUAUAGUUGAAUUAUUAGGAGAUUAUUAUGAGCAUCAUUUCAUGGAACCUAAACCCGAUGAAAAUAACCCGAUGCACCAAAAGUAUUUAAACACGUAUAAUAAAAUUGCAUAUCUACCUAAUAUUCCUCUCGAUAAGAUAACAAUUAACGAAGUUAUUACAGAGUGGAAAAGGAUUUCACCAAAAAAGUCUACCGAUAGUGUUGAGACAUCUGCAUUCCUAAUAAAAAAGAUACCGGAAAUUUAUAUGAACGUAAUUACUGUUCUUUUUAAUAAAUGCUCAGAUAAAGGUGACUUUUUUUCCGCUGCUAAACAUGCAAAAAUAGUCUGCAUACCAAAGGAAGGUAUAUAUCCAGCACCUAAUCGUUUAAGACCUAUAUCUUUACUCCCUAAUAUCG